ACGGUUCACGUUCACGUUCACGCGCCUGCAAAUCGCUCACGCGUACCCUCGACGACCCUUAAAUCAAAUUCCUCGUGAGAUCGAAGAAAACCCCAUCGAUCCAUCGCUGACCUCCUCUCCGUUUCCGAUCAAACCAUAGACCUUAGUUUCGGCAGAAACCCGCUUCAAUCUGAUACAAUUCUACACCUUUAUGAGCUACGAUGUAUAGUAAUUUCAAAGAGCAGGCGAUCGAGUACGUGAAGAAGGCGGUGCAAGAGGACAAUGCAGGGAACUACGCCAAGGCCUUCCCCCUGUAUAUGAACGCGCUCGAGUACUUCAGGACGCACUUGAAGUACGAGAAGAACCCUAAGAUCAAGGAGGCAAUUACUCAGAAAUUCACCGAGUACUUGCGCCGCGCGGAGGAGAUCAGGGCCGUGCUCGAGGAGGGCGGCGGCGCCGGGCCAGCUGCGAACGGAGACGCUGCCGUGGCUACGCGGCCCAAGACCAAGCCCAAGGACGGCGAGGGAGGCGACGGCGAGGAGGCCAAGCUCAGGGCUGGCCUGAACUCGGCGAUUAUUCGGGAGAAGCCCAAUGUCAAGUGGAACGAUGUUGCGGGGCUUGAGGGUGCCAAGCAGGCUUUGCAGGAGGCGGUUAUACUGCCUGUUAAAUUUCCCCAGUUCUUUGUUGGAAAGAGGCGACCAUGGAGGGCUUUUCUUUUAUAUGGUCCCCCAGGAACUGGGAAAUCAUACUUAGCCAAGGCUGUUGCCACUGAAGCAGACUCCACUUUUUUCAGUGUUUCUUCAUCAGAUCUGGUUUCAAAGUGGAUGGGUGAAAGUGAGAAGCUGGUUUCAAACCUUUUCGAAAUGGCUCGCGAAAGUGCACCUUCUAUUAUAUUCGUUGAUGAAAUAGAUUCGUUAUGUGGGCAGCGUGGAGAAGGCAACGAGAGUGAAGCUUCCAGACGUAUCAAAACGGAACUUCUUGUGCAGAUGCAGGGUGUAGGACAUAAUGAUGAGAAAGUUCUUGUUCUUGCAGCAACAAAUACUCCAUAUGCUCUGGAUCAGGCCAUACGACGGCGGUUUGACAAGCGUAUAUACAUUCCCCUACCAGAUCUGAAGGCUAGGCAACAUAUGUUCAAAGUACAUCUAGGAGAUACACCUCAUAACUUGAAUGAAAGUGACUUUGAAAACUUGGCCCGUAGAACAGAAGGUUUUUCUGGUUCAGAUAUUUCUGUCUGUGUCAAGGAUGUCCUCUUUGAACCUGUGAGGAAAACCCAAGAUGCCAUGUUUUUUGUGAAGACUCCCGACGAUAUGUGGAUGCCAUGUGGGCCAAAGCAACCAGGUGCUGUUCAGACCACCAUGCAGGACCUUGCUGCAAAAGGUCUUGCUUCAAAGAUAAUUCCACCUCCCAUAUCUCGAACCGAUUUUGACAAGGUCCUUGCAAGACAGAGGCCAACUGUGAGCAAAGCGGACCUUGAGGUGCACGAGAGAUUCACAAAAGAGUUCGGAGAAGAAGGGUGAUGAAAUGGAUGGCAUACAGAGGACUCAUCUUGGCUUUUUAUGCAAUUGUUCUCGUUUCGUUUGCAUUUUACAUAUUGCUGCUGCAUUUUGGCCAUACAUGUAUUUAUCUAUUGAAAUGCUGAUUAGUUGCCAAGUCCCCAACUUUUGGCAUCUUUUUUUUUAUUAUUAUUUUUUUUUCUUUUGAACUUUUUUUUUUUUCCUUGUGUUGUACUAGGGGGAGAAAUUGACAGACUGAUGAUACACUCUGGAAAUUAAGAAGAAGUUCUAAUUGUGUAGAAAAAAGAAUUAUCUAUCUGAGAGAAUGUUGUCAAAAGAGAGUGAAUGAAAAUGCAGCAGCGUGGGGCAUGCUCCGGCUUUUCUUC